GGAGAUUGUUGUCUGUCGGUCUCCGUUUAUAUCUCGAUUUAGCAGCAUUACGUCUUGCCAUGAUAACUUUGAUAUCUGGUGUUAACCAUGGUGCUGGAAGGUGCUUUAACUUAAUCGGUAAUAAUAAUAUAAUUAUUUCUACAACGAUAAUCGCUAACUCCAUACAAAAUGGUAGCCAAAUUACAGUUUUGACAAGCGCUGACGAAACGAUGUCGAAGUUUUUCAUCGAUAACUAAGCGAUCUUAGAGACUCAAUAGUGAACGCUAAAAAAAUUGCGUCUUAUUUGGUGAUCGACAAGUGUUUUGUUUGUUAAACUUAUUUUUUUCUAUUAUUACCUUUUAAAAUGCAUACUUUAAAUAUGUUGUGGUGUGCUCAUAAUGAAGAAGUGUGGCUUAGGCGGCAAAAAAGAGACAAAAAUCGUCAGUGCAUGGAAAACAUACGCGAAAUGCCGGCAACAUUAUUUGUGCAGCAAUUUCGGCUAGACAAAACAACCUUUGAAGCUCUUUGUCGUGAACUCCGACACAAGACUUCGUUAAAAGGAACCAAAGAGAUUCCCCUCAAUGUUAAGGUAUUGUGCACUCUUAGUUUCCUAGCAACAGGAUCCUAUCAGCGAAUUGUUGGGGUUUCUCAGCAUCUUGCCCAACGGACAGCUAGUCUGUGCAUAAGACAAGUCAUUGAUGCUUUGAACCACUCUGCUAUCAUGGAAAAAUGGAUCAAGUUUCCGAAAACACGACAAGACAGAUCAUUUAUAAAACAAGAGUUCCAAAGAAGAUUUGGCCUGCCUGGUGUAAUUGGGUGCAUAGACUGCACCCAUAUAGCUUUGGUAAAGCCAAACCAUGAAGAGCAUCUUUCUUAUAAUAGAAAACGAUAUCAUUCCUUAAAUGUUCAAAUGGUUUGUGAUAGUAAUCUUUUAAUUUUAAAUGUAAAUGCAAAGUUUGGUGGAGCUACACAUGAUUCACAUAUAUGUUCUUCUAGUAGAGUUGAAUUAUAUAUGCGUGAACUUCAUCAAAAUAAUGAGCAAGUAUGGCUCUUAGGUGACUCUGGAUAUCCACAACGUCCUUGGCUUAUGACACCUAUCCUCAAUGCAGUUGAAGGUUCUAGGGAAGAACAAUACACUCGAUUGCAUGUACAAGCCCGUAACUGCAUUGAGCGAUGUUUUGGAUUACUCAAAGCAAGGUGGAGAUGUUUGCUUAGAGACAGGGUUCUUCACUAUCAUCCUCAUGUAGCUAGCAAAAUUACAAUGGCAUGUUGUGUAUUACACAAUAUAGCUUUGCAAGCUGGGCUGCCACCACCACAACCACUUCCUGCUGCACAUGACAAUGGGGAUGAUACAAUGAUGCAAGAUCCCACAUCCACUGUGUUUGUAGGUAGCCAGAGUGAAGUAAUCCAAGGAAGAGCCAUGCUGAGUUGUUUAUUGAAUAGGAUAUAGUAAGAUUAUUUUAAGCUUUAAUAUUAAUCUAUUUUACAUUUCUUAAUUAUAAAU